UUUGUCACUUUGUUGUGGGAUCAGCUGAUAUGUUGUUUGCGGUGUUGACGAACUGUUUGUGUGGCAUAACAAAUACGUAACACGGAAUGUGAUAAACCGAAGACGUAUCGAUACGUACUGGGAUACAAGUGAAUUGUGCUAGUUUUGCGUUAUGGCUGAACCUGAUACAGCUAUUAGAGACAUUACUUCAAAAGAAAUAGUGAAAUCUAGAACUGGGCAUGGCGCGCAGAAAAGAACAUUUAAAAUUAUCGUAGUUGGAGACACAAACGUCGGUAAAACAUGCUUAACGUAUAGAUUCUGCGAAGGGAAGUUUCUGUGUAAGUCGGAGGCGACAAUAGGCGUUGAUUUUAGAGAAAGGACAGUGGACGUCAACGGAGAGGAGAUUAAAUUGCAGCUGUGGGACACAGCUGGACAAGAGCGCUUUCGUAAAUCUAUGGUUCAACAUUAUUAUCGAAAUGUUCGUGCUGUUGUUCUGGUGUAUGAUGUGACAAAAUUAGCAUCUUUUCAGUCAUUACCACACUGGAUUGAAGAAUGCAAUCGACAUAAUCUCACCAGUGACAUUCCUCGCAUUUUAGUGGGAAAUAAGUGUGACUGUAAAGAAGAACAGGUGGUAAAAACAAACACUGCACAGAAGUUUGCAGAUCAUCACAACAUGCCGCUCUUCGAAACUUCUGCCAGAGAUGAAAGUGAAUGUGAUAAUGUUGAAGCCAUAUUUCUAACUUUGGCCCAUAAACUAAAAAAUCAUAAGCCAAUGAUGCCACCAAAUAAUGCACAAAACAAUGUGUCUCCCGAAGCAUUGCACCGAGCAGAUGUUAUCUCAAUCACACGAGAAUCAACACACACAUAUUCAUCUGCAAGUAGUGAUAGCUCUUGUUGGUGUUAAUUGUGCUCUGAAAUGGAUAGUUGUCGGAGAUGUUAUGCCUAAGAAAUUUGACAAAUCCUUGGAGAGAUUGUAUUUGAAUUGAAAGUUCUCUGUGCCAAGGUCUCUUCAUUGACUAUCAAUAAUAUACUGAGUUUCCUUUUUGCAAGUAGUGUGUAAUGUUCUGAAAUUUGUGAUUCAUUGUUAAAUGAGAUUUUCAUUGUAGGCUAUAAUUAAACAGAAUAUGAAACAGUAAACAGAGAACCAAUUGUGUUCAUUCAUACAUAUUCAAUUUGUAGAAGACAUUUGUAAUUACCAUUAAUAUUAUUUUGUGAUUAUUAUUUCUUUGCAUCAGAAAUAUAUUUUGUGUAAUAGUUAUCCUCAAUUAUGGGUUUUAUAGUUUAUAUAUUAAUAUAUUGUAAUGAACUUUCUUGUAUAUUGAUAAAGUGUGAGUAAUGUACAGGGUGAAUUUUUAUAAUAACGCUGCCAUUUCUUAAGGGUUCUAAGUGAUCUAAUGUAUAGAUUUCAGUGUAGAUCUACAUUCGGUCUCUGAUGGUGAGGCUGUAUUAAGAAGUAUUCUGCUGAGGAUGACUACGUAAAGCAUGAUUUAUUAAUUAAGUAUUUAAUUCUCAACUGUGAUAUUCGAAGACUGUCACGCAUUGUGAACUAAAUUUAUGAAAAAGUAAACGUAAAAUGAAAAGCAGUGAUUGACAAUGUGUAAACAGUUUUAAUAAGUGAAAAUGGCAAAGUUUACUGAUGCUCAUUGUUGCUUUUUUGGUGAAAAUAUUUACAUACGCAAAACAGUGUGUUAAAAGCUACAUUCAGUUUAUAAUAAUGUCCAUAAUUUUAUAUUAUCUGCUUGAUGGGUGUAAAAAAUCCUGCAUUCAAAAUAUCAGCCAAUUUCUUCAACCAUCAGUAGUGAUAAAUUCAGAAAAUUCAUUCUUCAUUGUAAAUGAAUAUAUGCACAGUUUACAAAGCACUGUAUAGUACAGUAUAACUGUGGGUUUGUAAUUUGUGACAACAAUUGUUCAAUUGAAAAAUUAUUUGUGAAACAUAUGAAUUCAUUCUUUUGGUUGAAAAGAGGGCUGUCAUUUCACAUUUCUGCUGUAAAUUAUUAGUCUGAAACAUUAGGUUAUUGUGUGCAAUGAAACAUCAAACAUGAGAAACAAAUCAUGUAACAUUCUGUUGUUCGAUAUUAAACCAAAUUAACACUUGCAUUAUCUAUAUCUAAGUAUAGUAUAUAUUCUGCAAGUCACUGCACAGUGCAGGAAUAGAUUGCCGUUUUUUUAAAAAAAAGACUGUUAGUGGUGAAAUUAUUCAUAUUAAAGAGAAGGCCCUGUAUUAUGUUUCAGCACAAUAUAAACAGUGAAUUGUCCAUAUCAGUGCACUUGGUGAAAUGGCUAGGAGGACUGCAUCUGAUAAGAGACUGUCAAAGAAUACUGGUGGAACAUUUUUACUACUAUUUUAUACUUAAAGUACAAAAAUAAUACAUCGUUUCAAAUAGGCUGUGUGACUUUUUUGAGCUUAAUUAUUUCUUCGAUUUUGAUAAUAAAGCUCAAUGACCAUUAUACUUUGUUGAGUCAAAUUAUUGCAUCUGCCAUAUAUUAUUGAACAUGACAGCUGUGUUCAGUACUCACUGUAAUUAAAGUGACAGUGACUUUGAAAUAUGCUGGUAGAUUGUUGCAGUAACUGCUUAUAGGGGACCCUUGACAGAAGGUAUAAUCUACAUUUGUUCUUUGUGAAUCAAUGUACUAGGGUGUUUGGAUGUUCAUGAUUCACAAGGACAUCUUUAUAAAGAUGUGAGUGAAAAUUUUCAUUCACAUGGAGGAUUGAACCAGGAAAAGUGUUCAUGGACCAUUAUCCUAAUGUUUUCUCCUCCCAUUCUUCUGACAUUGUUACAAGUUGUUGUUUACCUCUGUUUCUUAUCUGAUAUAACCUAACCCUCUCUUCAGUGAAACAGGAAAGGCAACACAUUAAAGAAAGAAAUUCUUUCCCAUCUAGUUAAAUAUUGCCAUGCCAAGUAGAACCUUUUCUCCACUGCAGAUUUGCUAGCUGGGUUGGAGAGUGUCACUUACUACUGGGUUCACUAAACAGUUACUUUUAAAAUCUGUCAAUCUCCAGAUUCAAGUUCACUCUGUGCAGCUCCGCUGCAGAGUGCCAGCUGGUAUCCCAUACCUUUAUAAUUGACACUCACCUCUUGUGUCUGAGACAUAGACUGCCAUGCAGUUUUCAUAAUUGAUUUCCCAAUGAUGGUGAUGUUUACCCAUACCAUAUCCUUUACCCACAAUAAUGUGUAAACAGUUCAACUGUUCCAUUUGAGAAAUAUUCCCACAUACAAACUGAGAGUCAUUCCUCUCCAAAAAUAAGUGAUAUGUCAAUUUUUUUUGUCCUCAACAAUAACAAAUGAAGUUUUCACAGGGAGACUGUUCCACAGUUUAUAUGCUUACCAUGUCAGCACAUUACUCAAAUUCUUCAUAUGUUGUUUACUAUCAAUGCAUGUCCAGUGCGUAGUUUAAAUAGUGUGUCUCAACGACAUAAUUAGGAAAGUGAUAGCUUCAUGGACCGCAACUGACAUCCUGUCCAUAUUAUAGUACCUGGGUCCUCUUAGUGGUUUCUGGUGUGAAUGUAGGUUGAUAUUUUGUUUAUAGGAUUACUACUACUGAUAUGCUUUAGUAGCUGCCAGCUUACCCAACUGUAUAAAAUAGUGAGUUUCAGAGGUAAAGUCCGUCCUGUAGGAAAGUGGCAGCCAAUAUGUAGCAGCAUUGUUUUUUAUGUGCUAGUCAUCGUACAUGGGACGAGAAUGGUGGGGUAACAUUUAUGUUGUUUUACUACUAGGUAUUUCUGUUGCUUCCUUUUUUAUUCUUAUAUAUAAUCAAAAAACAAAAUUUCUACUGGUGUCCUUUACGUACUGUAGCUGACUGUGUUACCGACUAUUAUUAUCUAGCUUACUGUGAUUUAUGACAAGAACAAUUAUCCAUUCAUUUAAUGUUAUCUGUUUGCAUGGAUUUUGUUUACAGAAGUACUUUAAAGGCAGUUAUGUUGAUUUUUGCACAUAAUCAUUGAAAAGCUGUGUAUACAUGGGACUGUGUAGUAGAAAUACUCUGCUCAUUUCUCAUAAUAUGUAUGCUUUAUCAGUUUGUAUCUUAAUAAAGAGACAGCAAAUUAAAA